CGCUCUCCAGGCACACGGGACCACGGCAUACAAACAGAGAUCAUUUUGACCAUGUACUCCAAAGUUUACUUGGCCGUUAUCCUUGCUGUGUCCGUCAGCUUCAUCAGAGCAGACGUGGGGAGAACACACGAAGAAGACCCAAUGAUAGAUAUCCAGCAGAAAGUGAAUGACCUCUGGAGCAUGCUGCUUCAUGCAAACCCCCUCCUGACAAGUGCCGACGGGAGUUCAUACGCUACAUGUAAUCUUAACCCCAGCACCAAACUGGAAGACACAGAUAUAAAGGUAUCAGGUCAGGUCUUAUUCAAACAAGCCUACCCAGAUGGAAAACUAGAAGCAAUCUUCACAAUCGAAGGAUUUCCUGCGGAUAACAAUCAGUCUGUCAGGGCUAUUCACAUCCACAACUUUGGGGACCUCAGCAAUGGUUGUGACUCUGCUGGUGGACAUUACAACCCAUUUUCAGUAAACCAUCCAAGUCAUCCUGGGGAUUUUGGAAAUUUCCGAGUGAAAGAAGGAAAGAUCCAAAAACAUCUUGCAGAUCUUGAAGCUACGAUGUUUGGUCCAUAUUCCGUUAUUGGCAGAUCCAUUGUUGUGCAUAUGCAGGCAGACGACCUUGGCAAGGGCAACAACCAGGCUAGUUUGGAAAACGGAAACGCUGGCAAGCGCCUCGCCUGCUGUGUCAUUGGAUUCAGUAACAAGAACAACUGGGAAAAACAUAUGGAAGUGUUCGCCGGGCUGAAGAACACAAGAGUCCAAAGAAGAGCAAAAAAAGUGCAGCAUAAACCAAAUCCAUCACUCAAAGUUUAAUCUCUUAUCAAACGAUGCAGGGAGAUUUUUUGAUAAAUGCUUCGAUUCUGGGAUUUCCCAUUUGAUUUAACUUGUGGGUUAAUGGGGGCAUUAGUCAUAGAUUAUUGCUUACUUAAGUAUAAUAAACCAACAAGUGUCCAUUGGGCAUGAUGUCAAAAA